GACGAAAGAUGACUACCUUUGGACCAUGGCUGGGAGGGCGUGGGGACAUAUGGGAUCCUAACGAUUUCUUCGGUUUAAACUCGAGGCGAGGUGGUGACCGUGACCGUGAUCGUGAUCAAGCUUCUGCCCUCGCUCUACCUAACAUUGAUUGGCGUGAGACCGAUAACGCUCAUAUCAUCAAGGUUGAUCUUCCCGGGGUGAAAAAAGAGGAGGUGGCGGUACACGUAGAGGAAGGGAAUGUGUUACGGAUCAGCGGGACAUGGGGUAAGGAGGAGGAGCAUAUGGAUGACAAGUGGCAUCGUGAGGAGAGGCAACGUGGCAAAUUUGUGAGGCGGUUACGUCUUCCUGAUAACGCCAACGUUGAUGCUGUCAGGUGUGGUCUGAACCAAGGUGUCCUUACUGUGGAGGUGCCCAAGAAGGAGACUCAGUCACCCAACCGGGAAGGUCGCUCCGUUGACAUAGCCUAG